GAAUCAAUUCAUCGAAGCAGAACAAAGCAGAGAUGCUGCAGCUCCACCCCCUCCUCGUUGUGUUGUCCGCCCGCCCCCACUCUCACCCUGCACUGUACAGUCUACACAAAUCAAAUAUUAAAAACUCCCAAAAAUUUUAAGAACUCUGUACUCUGUAGGGUAACUACCACGCUGCCAGGUAGCUCGGUAUCUACUCUGCUCUCACUCGCCAACAGAAAUUUCCUUCAUUUCUAUAUUCCAUUUCCCAUUUCUUCCUUCUAAACAAAAAAUAAAUUCACAGAGUGAAAACCCGACUGGUCGAUCCCUCCAUCAACAAAUCUAGAGAAAGAUAGAGCCACAAAGAGCCAAGUACAAAUCAUAUAUUCACUGGUCUGCUUCUUCUUCUUGGAUCUUUCUGGUUGAGCUUAAUGUCGGUUACAGCGACGCCGGCCGCGGUGGGAUCAUUUUCCCUCUUCGGAUCCCCGAGGGGAAAGGGAAAGCCUCCGUUGAGGAUGGUCCUCCGAUCUAGCUCGCUCUCUGCUGCUGCUCCUCUCCUGACUAAGUUGCAGGAGGACUGUGCCACUCCUUUGCCUGCCUUGCGCCGUGUGGCCGACGCCAUGACCGCCGACAUGCGAGCCGGGCUUUCUGCCGACGGCGGCAGUGAUCUCAAGAUGAUACUCAGCUAUGUCAAUAGUCUGCCAAGUGGGAACGAGAAAGGAUUGUUUUAUGCAUUGGAUCUUGGGGGCACGAAUUUCCGGGCAUUGAGAGUGCAACUAGGAGGGAAGAAUGAGCGUGUGAUUGCCACAGAAUUUGAGCAAGUAUCGAUUCCUAAAGAGCUGAUGUUCGGCACCUGUGAGGAGCUUUUCGAUUUUAUUGCUUCUGGUUUGGCAAUAUUUGUGCAAAAAGAGGGCAAAAAAUUUCACCUGCCAAGCGGCAGAAAAAGGGAAAUUGGAUUUACAUUUUCCUUCCCCAUAAAACAAACAUCGAUCAAUUCUGGUAUACUAAUCAAGUGGACAAAAGGCUUUGCAGUAUCUGGAACGGCAGGAAAAGAUGUAGUUGCAUGUUUGAAUGAAGCAAUGGAAAGACGGGGGCUUGAUAUGCGGGUAUCUGCCCUGGUAAAUGAUGCUGUGGGAACACUAGCUGGAGCUAGGUACUGGGAUGAUGAUGUAAUGGCUGCUGUCAUUUUGGGAACUGGAACCAAUGCCUGCUAUGUAGAACGGAUGGAUGCAAUUCCUAAACUAAAUAGCUGCACUUCUCCAUCAGGAAGAACGAUAAUUAAUACUGAAUGGGGUGCUUUCUCAACGGCUCUUCCUUUAACUGAGUUUGAUAGGGAUAUGGAUGCUGCUAGUAUCAAUCCUGGUGAGCAGAUAUUUGAGAAGACAAUCUCUGGCAUGUAUCUUGGUGAGAUUGUAAGACGGGUGCUACUCAAGAUGGCUGAAGCUGGUGCAUUGUUUGGUGAAUCGACCAGAGGAAAACUCUGCACCCCUUUUAUACUCGGGACCCCAGAUCUUUGUGCAAUGCAGCAGGACAACUCCAACAAUCUGGAAGCUGUUGGAUCAAUCCUAUAUGAUGUAGCUGGAGUGAGGUCCGACCCAAGUGCUAGGAAUGUAGUUGUGGAAGUUUGCAACACCCUUGUGAAGCGAGGCGGGUGCUUGGCUGGUGCAGGAAUUGUAGGGAUUCUGCAAAAAAUGGAGGAGGAUUCACCGGGUCUCAUCUUUGGAAGGAGGACAGUCGUGGCCAUGGAUGGAGGCCUGUACGAGAACUAUCCCCAGUACCGAAGGUAUCUCCAAGAUGCAGUCUCCGAGCUUCUAGGGUCAAAAUUAUCAAAAAAUGUAGUCAUAGAACAUUCAAAGGAUGGGUCUGGAAUUGGGGCUGCUCUGCUGGCUGCUGCAAACUCCAAGUAUGAACAUGAUUUCUAAGGUGUAGUGCUGAACCAAUAAUUAUUGAAGGCAGUUCAUAACCCUGUAAUUUGUUCCUAGCUUAAAUUUUGUAACACUUGGAUUCGGCAUCACUGGGAUUGAGAAUAGUAGAGCAAGACGCUAGGAAGAAAUUUGCGCCGAGCAAUUUUCCUUGAAGUGUAAAUUUGUCAGUGUAGAACUUACUGUAAGGUGCAUAUCCCCUGUUUGUGAAUACCAUUUAUUUGUUACUUCAAA